AUGUCGAGCGUCAGCCAGAUCAGCGAUCCUGAGAAGGCGUGGAACGGCUCUGCUGUACCAUAUCGACCCGAAUACCAAACAUGGCCUUAUUCUUCAGCCGACUUCAAACGCAUGGACGAGACUCCAGACAACUCGUUCUAUAGCGACAGUAGAUUCGUUACUCACAUCGACGAUGCUGCCAUAGCGAGCCUCAGAAGAUACUAUGACACCGUCUUGCCACGAAAAGGUCGAAUCCUGGAUCUUUGUAGCUCAUGGAUCAGUCACUACCCGCAAGCUGUCGAGAAUGCAGCAGCACAGGGUGAACUGAAGGUCGUUGGCCUAGGGAUGAAUCAAGCCGAGCUCAAGAAAAAUCAAGUCCUGCACAAACGAAUCCUGCAAGACUUGAAUGAGGACCCCAAUAUUCCCCUCACUGUCUGCGACGAGCACGCUGUCAGUGGACUACAAAGCGCAGAUAGUGUCGACAGUGAGAACGGGUUACUAGAUUGUACAACUUGCGUUGUGAGCCUGGAUUACCUGACUCGCCCGACAGAAGUCUUGGAGAGUGUCAGGCAAUUGACGAGAUCAGGAGGUAGCUGUCAGAUCAUCGUAUCCUCCAGAAUGUUUCCAACCAAAGCGACAAGCGCAUGGAUGAACAGGACACCAGAACAGCGUUUGCAGAUGGUCGGAGAUUACCUUCACUUUGCUGGUUGGAAGGACAUUGAGAUCAUUGACAUCAAGGAAGGAGACGCUGCAAAUGUCCCGGCAGAAGAUCAAGGAGGAUUGCAAGGCUUCAUGCAAAGGAUGGGCAUGAGCGGAAGUGAUCCGUUGUGGUGUGUUCGGGCUUUCAAGCGAGACUAG